CUGCGGGGAAGUAGAGCGGGCACAGAGUGUGCAGUCCCCAUCAUCCUCAUCACCCUCAUCAUCCCCCUCCGUCCACAGCUCCAGCAGCCACCAUGGCUGGGAUUAUUCUACACUGCAUCUUGUCUUCUCUGCUCUUUGGCUUCAGUUGUGCAGUUACGGGAUCUAGGAUCUAUCCGGCCAGUGAAGUUACCCUCUUGGAUUCCAGGUCUGUACAGGGAGAACUUGGCUGGAUAGCUAGUCCUUUAGAAGGAGGGUGGGAAGAGGUUAGCAUUAUGGAUGAGAAGAACACGCCGAUCAGAACCUAUCAAGUCUGCAAUGUCAUGGAGUCAAGCCAGAACAACUGGUUAAGGACUGACUGGAUCCCACGUAGUGGGGCACAACGAGUGUAUGUUGAGAUUAAGUUCACUUUACGGGACUGUAACAGCUUGCCUGGAGUGAUGGGCACCUGCAAAGAGACCUUCAAUUUGUACUACUAUGAAUCCAACAAUGACAAGGAACGUUAUAUCCGUGAAACACAAUAUGUUAAAAUUGACACAAUUGCAGCCGACGAGAGCUUCACUCAGGUGGACAUUGGAGACAGAAUUAUGAAACUGAACACGGAGGUCAGAGAUGUCGGUCCACUUAGCAUGGAGGGCUUCUACCUGGCUUUUCAGGAUGUGGGAGCAUGCAUUGCUCUUGUGUCAGUACGUGUUUUCUACAAGAAGUGUCCAUUGACUGUAAGAAACCUGGCCCAAUUCCCUGACACCAUUACUGGGUCUGAUACCUCUUCGUUGGUGGAAGUUCGAGGUUCCUGUGUCAAUAACUCAGAAGAGAAAGAAGUGCCCAAGAUGUAUUGUGGAGCUGAUGGAGAGUGGCUGGUCCCUAUUGGGAACUGCCUAUGUAAUGCCGGAUAUGAAGAGCGCAAUGGAGGGUGUCAAGCUUGCAAAGUUGGCUACUACAAGGCCCUCUUAUCGGAUAAAGCAUGCUCCAAGUGUCCUCCCCAUAGCUUUGCGCUUCGAGAAGGCUCUACCUCCUGCACCUGUGAUCGGGGCUAUUUUCGAGCUGACAGUGACCCUGCCUCCAUGCCGUGCACCCGACCACCAUCAGCCCCUCAGAACCUGAUCUCCAAUGUCAAUGAGACCUCGGUAAAUUUGGAAUGGACUUCUCCUCAAAAUACAGGUGGAAGGCAUGAUGUCUCCUUCAAUGUGGUCUGUAAGAGGUGCGGUGCUGACCUCACUCGCUGCCGGCCUUGUGGUAGUGGAGUUCACUACAGCCCCCAGCAGAAUGGCCUGAAGACAACCAAAGUCUCUAUCACCGAUCUUCAGGCUCAUACCAACUACACAUUUGAAAUUUGGGCUGUGAAUGGUGUCUCCAAACAGAAUCCAAGCCCGGACCAGGCCGUGUCAGUUACUGUCACCACCAACCAAGCUGCUCCUUCAACCGUGACCCAAAUCCAGCCUAAGGAGAUCACCAGACACAGCGUAUCACUCAACUGGCCAGAACCGGACCGGGCCAAUGGGGUUAUAUUAGAGUAUGAAGUCAAGUAUUAUGAGAAGGACCAAAACGAUCGCAGUUACCGCAUUGUAAAGACUGGGUCGCGUAGUGCAGAUAUUAAAGGCCUCAACCCACUCACUGCAUACGUGUUCCAUGUCCGAGCCCGAACAGCGGCAGGUUAUGGCGAGUUCAGUGGACCUUUUGAAUUCACCACAAAUACAGUUCCAUCUCCUAUGAUCGGUGAAGGAACCAGUCCUACUGUGCUAUUGGUGUCCGUGGCAGGUAGCAUUGUCCUCGUGGUCAUUCUCAUCGCCGCCUUUGUCAUCAGCAGAAGGCGGAGCAAGUACAGUAAAGCUAAACAAGAAGCCGAUGAGGAGAAGCAUUUAAACCAAGGAGUGAAGACUUAUGUAGACCCAUUCACAUAUGAAGACCCCAACCAAGCAGUGCGGGAAUUUGCAAAAGAAAUUGAUGCAUCUUGUAUCAAGAUUGAGAAAGUAAUUGGCGUUGGUGAGUUUGGAGAAGUGUGCAGUGGUCGUCUUAAGGUUCCUGGAAAAAGGGAAAUUUACGUGGCUAUCAAGACAUUGAAAGCUGGAUACACGGAUAAACAAAGACGAGACUUCCUCAGCGAGGCCAGCAUUAUGGGCCAGUUUGAUCAUCCAAACAUUAUCCAUCUUGAAGGUGUUGUCACCAAAUGCAAACCAGUCAUGAUCAUCACAGAAUACAUGGAGAAUGGCUCCUUGGAUGCUUUCCUUCGGAAGAAUGAUGGCAGGUUCACUGUGAUCCAGCUGGUAGGAAUGCUCCGCGGUAUUGGAUCUGGCAUGAAGUAUCUCUCCGAUAUGAGCUAUGUACACAGAGACUUGGCUGCUCGUAACAUCCUUGUCAAUAGCAACCUUGUCUGCAAAGUCUCUGACUUUGGUAUGUCCCGUGUUCUGGAGGAUGAUCCGGAGGCAGCCUAUACAACCAGGGGAGGCAAGAUCCCAAUCCGAUGGACAGCACCCGAAGCCAUUGCAUAUAGGAAAUUUACAUCUUCUAGUGAUGUAUGGAGUUACGGGAUCGUCAUGUGGGAGGUCAUGUCCUACGGAGAGAGACCUUACUGGGAUAUGUCCAAUCAGGAUGUCAUCAAAGCCAUAGAAGAAGGAUAUCGUCUGCCUCCUCCCAUGGACUGCCCCAUUGCUCUCCAUCAACUCAUGCUGGACUGCUGGCAGAAGGAACGCAGUGACCGGCCCAAAUUUGGACAGAUUGUUAGCAUGCUUGACAAACUCAUCCGAAACCCAAACAGUUUAAAAAGGACUGGACUGGAAGGCUCAAGAACGAACACGGCUCUUCUGGACCCCAGCUCGCCUGAAUGGUCCCAGGUGGUCUCUGUGGUGGAUUGGCUUCAGGCAAUUAAAAUGGAGAGAUAUAAAGAUAACUUUACAGCAGCGGGGUACAACAACCUGGAAUCAGUUGUCCAUGUCAACCAAGAUGACCUAACUCGGAUUGGGAUCACGUCUCCCGCUCACCAGAACAAGAUCCUGAGUAGUGUCCAAGGAAUGAGGAACCAGAUGCAACAGAUGCAAGGCAGGAUGGUUCCUGUCUGAAGUCAUAGUGCAUCAGGGCAACGAUUUUCUCUCAGAACUCUUGAAAAAAAAUUAGUUUACCUCAUCCAUGCACUUUAAUUGAAGAACUGCACUUUUUUUUAAUAGCCUCACCCCAUUGGACAGUGACUGUAAUUAUCAAAGGAGUGAGGUGAAACCCAUUAAAAACACAGAAAUAAAUUUAGUCAUUUGUGCCACACUUACAGUAGAUCAUACAUCAGGAAGCUACAAACAACCAUUGAAAGUGGACUGGGCACACUCAUCAUGUUGCUUGAUGCAUACGUCAUACAAGACUUUUUCCGUGGAUUGUUUUUGCGUGUCACAUGGACAUCUUUUUGGAAUGGGUGCAAGCAUUUUUUUCCCCCUCUGUGUGGACAAAUGGAAAUACUGGGUGAUCUUUUGCUGGAGAUGCAGACCAUCGCUGUGGUCUACUGCAGGCUACCUGUGGUCAUUUGGUCAUCUGCAAACUCAGAGGAUAUAUCAGGGUUGACCUGGAACUCCUUGUUAGGGAUGGAAGUGUGUUUCUACUACCUAAUGGCAGCAGCGUAGAGAAGCAUAUGAAGAGAACUGAACUCAACUUCCUUCAUUCAUCCAUGGCAAGCUCAAGGUUUGGAGACCCCAUUCCAGGGAAGAACGGUUCCUACAACCUAAAGAGAUGAGCCCAUGGAUCUUAUCGUCGCAGCUGCUUUUUCUCCAGCAAGAAAAGUUUCCAUACCGUCCAACAGGUCUUCCUGUGCACUCCAUGCCCAGCUAUGGUCUGCCCCUUAUGAGGCAGGCGAUGGAAGGCAGCUGAUGUUUACUAAGGAUGCCAUGUUUUCAUGCCGGAAUAUUGUACUUGCCUUAGUUAAUGGUAUUACUGAGACCACUCAGCAUUAUCCAUUUUAGUUUCUUCAGUAAAAGGGAAUAGAGGCACUUCAGAUGAGAUUUUCCUACACUGCGAAGCAAUGAGCAAGAGGAUCAUUUGUGGAAUAAAGCAUUGUAGACAAACGGCAGGUCAGCAAGGAGCAAAUCAUAAGCCAAACUAACCUUAACAAGGGACCCAGCUUGGAAUGGGCCAUGGGACAAUUCUACUUUAUGGUUUAUCCCAUAAGGUGAUGAAGGAUGGUGUACUCUGCUCAAGGCCUGCUCCUCAUUUGUAAAAGCCUCUGUAAUGUAAUAUGACUUUACUUUCUACAUAAAAAAUAUGCAAUUUAUCUGUUUCGGCAUCUUGCUGGUACCAGUGACGACCAGGCAAAGCUGCCAUUUAAGUUUAUAUAUAUAAUAGGCCAAGACGCGUUUUAUAUAUAUAAACUUAUGUUUUUGUGCUUUACCCUUUGUCUUUGUCUAUCCUCCUUCACCUCUGUGCUGUGCAGACCGAUCACAAUGGAGAACUUAGGAGUAUUCGGCAGUCCAGGGGCCUGCAGAACAACUUUAGUGAGUUUUAUCACCAAAUCCUAUCACAUUCCCUACAGAGAUUCCCUUCCUCCAUGUGUGAGCUCCUAAAACCACUGAUAUUAAGAACAUUAUCAGCAGUGAUGCUAAUAAAGAAAUUACUAGCAUCCGUAAGGGAUUGUGAAAAGCGAGGGUACCAAGCAUGACAUAAAAUGAGAUCAGGUUUCUUCCAUUCUGUAACACCGACUCUCCAAACACUUGUCAACGCAACAUUGAGAUAUAUCGCUUGCUUGGAGAACUCCCUUUGGAGCAUGAUGGGAGA